GGUGACGGCGAGAGGACUCACUCACUUCACUCACUCGAAGCAGCGCAACGAAGGCGACGAGCUCACUUGGUUGCAGUUGCAGUAGUAGCUCUUGCUGUGCAGUGCAGUGCAGUGAGCGUUUGAGGAGAGGUAGCAGUAGUAGCUGUAGUUCAGCUUGUGGCAGCUCCCAUGGCCAGCUACGCGGCGCAGCUCAAGGACAUGUUCUUCGGCCUCGUCGAGCGCGUCACCGGCUACGGACGCGGCGAGGACAAGGACGUCGCUGCAGGUGUAGAUGAGCCCAGCAAGUUGGCAUCUGAAGAGGUUGCAGUAAGCAGCGAAGAGGUUGUGAUUGUACAGCGCAAUGAGAUCAGAUCAAGAGGCGUAGAUCCCUCCGUGUCAGGCGGGAAACAGCCAGGGAUCAAUGCGGCCGGUAUCUAGAGGGGAUGAUUUGAUGAACUGAACAACUGUGUCCCCUUGAGUUCUCAAGUACUACUAGUAGUUUAUAUGAUUGUGAGCGUGCUGUGUUACUACUAUUGUUUGCUUGUGUAUCUCAACCUCACUGAGUUCCUCUCUGUUCCAGUGUGUUUCUCUGAUGUACUUGUCAUCAUGCAUGGUUCAUGAUUACCAGUAGUAAUUUGAUGAACCUCUUCUUCAUGCUAUA